UGUUUACAAAAACAGCGCAGAGCGCAGAUUCCACUAACGGCUCUGCGUGAUUUUACUCUCAUAUUUCUGACAGAAAUGUGAGAGUAAUACUCGUAACGCGAAAGCAGAGUUGGAUAUGGCCGAGCAGGCGUCUGGCUGAGGAGAUUCGCGAUCAAACGAAAAGAAGGAGAGUGAUUUAUUAGCCCGCCGAAGAAGGGGAUGUGGAGAAAAGUGGGCACCGCGGCGCGACUCGAGGCGAGCUGGUCCUCCGCUGUCAGCCUCUGGAUAUCGGGGCUGCUUCUCUGUUUCUGGCGGACUGAGGGAAAAGGGUCAGGUUCCUGCAGCAGUUCUACAAAGAGAAUGAGUCUCAAAUUAUUCCUUUAAAAAUGGUGCCCAGCAGGCGAGUGAAGAGAACUUGUGGUGCUUGCUUACUGAAAACAAGUGGCCCUGCAGGUGGUCCUGGAUCACGUGGCUGCGGAGGACCCCGAGCUGCUGGAGCGCGUGUGUGAAAAUGACAAAUGCUACAUCAUCCUCUUCUUUGAUGUUGUGCACAACCUGCUGCCAAAUGCAGGGAGAAGGAGGUCAGAGCAGAGCUGUCUGGUCACCCUUCUUCAAGCUCCUCAUCCUCUGCACAAGUCAGCAGCGUGUUGACCACAAGUCUUGUGGGCCAGCUGUGCUUGCACAUGCAAGAUUCAAAGGUCAUCUUGUUUCCAGGGGCUGUGCACACAGGGACAUGUAAGCAAAUGCUCUUGUGUCCAAGUUCCGAGAGAUAACACUGCACAGCAUGGCAGGCAGUCUACUUUCCGGGAGAGAAAUUUUGAGUUCCCUGACCUGGAGGUUAUGUAGCCAUGAGAUUUCCAUGGAAUUGCGCCUGGCCUUGCAGAUGCUACAUCUUGCCAUGCCAGCUGCUGCGGCCCAUGAUGCCCGAGUCACUUGUCAACUACAUCAUGGCCACCUGCGUGCAGAUGAUGGAGGCCCAUGUCAGCAAGGACAUCACCGUCACCUCUGCCUCCAGGCUGUCCUUCAUCCUGCUUUUCUCCACGGCCCUGGUGGGUGGCCGAGCGGCGCGGUGAGCGAUGCUGACACCUCGCAGAUCCUGAACUGUCUGAGGCACACAAGAUGUGUGUGUCCCGUGGCUUCACUCGCACCCAGUUCUAGACAACUCAAGACAAAUGCGGAGAGCUGAAGGUGUACCGGGUCAGCGAGGUCCACGCUAGGGUCCCGUUCACCUGUCGGGGGAGGUGGUUCAGUGGAGGCCACGACAGCACGUACAGGCCAGGACGCAGGCAGGGGCUAUUCUCACACCCUUAAUGAUGAACAGAUCAAUAAUGUGCCAUCUCAGGCUGAGACCACGUACGUUAUGGUUGGCGCUCUAAUAAAACGGGAGGUGUGGCAGCAGUUAAUGAAGCCUGAUUCUCCUGCUUGCACUUUUCCUUCAUCCUGCUGGUUAGAAGGGGUAUGUUUUUACUUUGCUUUACUUUUUUAGGCUGGGCUGUCAGGUCUUUGGUCCACAUCUGUGUUACUGUGCAGAGCUCAGCAGGAGGUGCUUAUUAGGAGCGUUGCCGGUGGUUUCCGGGAAGCUCACCUUCAAAUGCAAGCAGCACAGCGCACCACUUGGACUAAGUUUGACACUGUAUAAAUGGAUAACGUAUAAUGCCCUCAUGCAGACUGCAGACUGCCUGUGGAGUGAGAGCCAUAAAAACGAAACCCUUUUUGUUAGCGAGAAUCAUCUAGCUGCCUAGACUGGUCAACGGAGUAACUAUUGCCAUGGUUUAUGUUUGCCACAAUAAUUGAGGAUUCGGCUUUAAUCGCGAUGUGUCGGAAGAACGUUGUCCGGGUAUCGCUGCCGGGUGGGAAGGUGGAAAGAAUGAUUUCUCAGAUGUACCUGGUUGGAGCGCUGUGCUGCCUGACCGUGUUUCCGGGUUUCCCGCAGGCCACCUCGCUCAUGAAAAUAAUACGGAAUGAAGCAUCCGGGCUUGCGGGAGCGGGGAGUGCAGCGAGCGCAGUGAGCAUCGACCCUGCCCGGGCCCACACCAUUCUGCCUCAGUCCCGACCCAGAAGGAACGCCGAUCCCGGCUGGAACCACAAUGCCCCCGACUUCCAGGCCUACUACCGCUACUAUAACAGCAUCGGGCAUACGGAGGGGCUUUAUGAGAUCGACCGGAUGAGGAUGAUGUACCAGCAGAUGCAACACCUCGAACGUGUCAACGGCCCCAAGUCGUCCCCCUAUCUGAAGAGCCUGGGAGGUCCGGUGAAUAAGUGCAACCCGUCAAAGGACAAGAAGUGCAAAGCCCCACCCCCCCCACACACAGCACCAACCGCACCGCCGCCCCCCCUCUCUCAGGCUGACGUAGUCUACCUGUGCAAUUCCAAAGACCCGCUGUGCAAACCCCAUAUUGUAUACCUGCCAACUGGGGCUGUCCCUGUUCUCUGUGACCCUCGCUACCACCCUGCCUGCAAGCCCAAAACUGGCAAGGAGACACACGCAUUAUCUACCCCACCUCCUCCUCUGCCACCAAAAUCAAGGCCAAAUCAGCAGCUUUCCCCAGCCCCAAUUGUCUAUCAAUCUAUGGAGCAUGACUGUGACCCCUACUGGGACCCUGACUGUUUGAUUGAUCACCCAUACAGCCCCAUCAAGGGGAAUCCUGCACCUCUGGCAACUAUAGAGAAAGAUGAAGUGGACGAGGAGGAAGCUGAGGACGAUGGGCUGCCAGUCCAGCCACAGCCCUUUCACGACAGGGGUAAAGUCUUCUUUCCACAUGACUAUCGGCGUGAUCUCUUUGACCCGUAUGUGUACUCCAACCCUGCCCCAGACCCCCAGUAGCCCUGGGGCAGUUGGGACAGUAAAUACUACUCACCUUCAUUCUGAUUCACCGUUCCAGGAGAUUGGCUUCAUGCAGGUACAGACAGGAAACAACCUCGCCUUGUUCUUAUCAUAUAGUACACACAUCACGGAACAGGAAAUGCACCAACAAGAACAGUUGCACAGUUCAGGUUCCUGCUUUCUGAAUGUAAAUGUGUGUGCUUUUCACAAAUGUUAGAGGAAAAAAUGAAGAAUUUAAGAAAAAACAAGCAACAAUAAAGUUUCUGAA